AUGGAUUCCGCAGAGUUUACUCCUUUCCAGGACAAAUUGAAGUCCUCUCUGGUGCAGGUGACCCGCACCGUGGGCCAACUCUCCUCGGAGGACCUGAACUUCCACCGUACCUCAAGCGCGGAGUUUACAGAGUCGCUCGACGAACAGAGCCAGAGAAUUCUUGCUCUCACAUCGGCUGUCUUGAAAGCGGCUUCUACCGGCACAGAUAUCGCCGCCCCGACUCUAUACAAUGAGGAUUCGAUCGACGAUAAUUGGCGAGGCGUGGUCGAUGUGAUUGACUCGCUUUUGGAAAAGGCCGAUGCCUGUCUGGACGAGUUCACAGGCGUUAUCAAGAAAUUGAGCCCGUCGCAGGAGGAUCAGGCACCCGUUGUGAAGAAAGCACCCAAGUUCCCGACCGUUUACGACUAUGGACCGUCGAAAAUCCCGAAACCACAACUGCAGUUUGAGCAAAAGCCCGACAACUCCGGCUCGGGCCUCUUCCACCCUCUCCUUACGACCAAGCCGCAUGCUACUGUACCACUCGACAAGUCGUUGAAGACGCGGAAUAUCGAUGGCGAAGAUCGGUACCCGAACCCUUACGAGACCGAGAUUCGCGAUGCGCAAUAUCCCGAGUCCGUCUACAAGACUGCCACCCCAAAGGACUAUCUGCCGUUUGAGGGAACGACUGCUACAUUUGUGGACACAUUGGAUGGAGUCAAGGAAAUGUUGGGGGAGUUAAAAGCCGCGAAUGAAAUUGCUAUUGAUUUGGAGCAUCACGACGUCCACUCAUACCAUGGUCUUGUGUCUUUGAUGCAGAUCAGCACACGCGAGAAGGACUGGAUCGUUGAUACCCUCCAGCCUUGGCGACAGGAUCUUCAGAUCCUUAAUGAGGUAUUCGCAAACCCGAAGAUCCUGAAGGUCUUGCACGGAGCUACCAUGGAUAUCAUCUGGCUGCAGCGUGACCUGGGCUUGUAUGUGGUUGGCAUGUUCGACACUUUCCACGCAGCCUCCGCGCUGGGCUUCCAAAAGCGGAGUUUGAAGUUCCUCUUGGACAAGUUUGUGAACUUCGAGGCCGACAAGCGCUACCAGAUGGCCGAUUGGCGUGUCCGUCCUCUUCCCGAGGGCAUGUUUGAUUAUGCCCGAUCCGAUACCCACUACCUUCUUUACAUUUACGACUGUCUACGCAAUGAGCUCAUUGAAAACUCGACGGAGAACAACAACCUCAUCGAUUACGUGCAGGAGCGUUCAAAGAACGAGGCCCUGCAAAGAUACGAUCGUCCGGUCUACGACGCAAAGUUUGGAACAGGUCCUGGGGGCUGGUUCGAUCUGCUGGAACGGAAUGCUGGAGUAAUCUCCAAAGAGCAGUUUGCCGUCUUCAAGGCCGUUCAUCGGUGGCGAGAUGACGUUGCACGGGCUGAGGAUGAGGGCUGGCAGUGUGUGUUCCCGAAGCACAUGCUCUUCAGGCUUGCGAUGGCCAUGCCGUUGGAUAUGGGAACUCUCUUGCGGACACUUUCGCCUGUGACUCCAAUCACGAAGGACCGGGCAGGCAGUCUUCUUGAAACUAUCAAGGAAGCAAAGAUCGCGGGAGCCACAGGCCCAGAAUGGCGUGAUGUGGCAGCACCACGUAAGGCUGCUGCUGAACCAAUGGCCAUUGACGUGGAGGAUGUGGAUUUCCCUGUCGCCGAGCGUUACGAGUCGUCUCAGUUCUGGGGCAAUGUCUUGGAAGCCAAUGAACCCCCUGCGCCACUUGAAUACUCCCUCGCUGCCUCAAGCGAAGCUCUCCGACUUUCUCUCCCUCUACCACCCAUGCCGUCGACUGUUUCGCAGGCCCGGGAGAAGCUUGGCGCUGCCCCGAGCCAACCUGCUCCGGCUCCUGCCCCGGCACCCGAGGCCGAAGAUGAAACCAAGAAGAUUUUCACCGUCAAGGAGCUCGGUGGCCCUCGCAAGCGGAAGGUCACCCCGGUCGAGCCCGCCGACGAGGAACCGUUGAUCCCCUUGACCGAACUCGAUCCAAUAGAGAAGGAGCACAAGAAGUCUCGCAAGGAAAAGAAGGCAAAGAAGGCCACCCAGUCCGGUUCCAACUCGGAAGCUGACUCCACGCCAUUCGACUACGGUGCUGCCGACUCGGUCCUCAACGCUCCUAAAGCCAAAUCCAAGGUUGCCCCUCCAAGAAAGCACUUCAACCCAUAUGCCAAGGCCAUGGAUGCUCCCUCGGGUGCGCGCAAGCAAAAGACGGAAACCCCUGGCAAGUCUGUUACAUUCCGCAAGUAA